GAACCACUUCCAUUAUCCAUCCUUCAAAGAUCUGCAGCAUAGACAUCCAAACGAAACAAUCAAGAGUAACCACAAAUCAACCAUGAAGAUCUUCCUAUUGUUUUCCCUCCUUGGUGUGGCAACGGCCAUCACUACCACCACCAUGCAGUUCAACCCAAGCGGCCUUGAACUAGAAAGGCCACAACAAUUAUUUCCACAAUGGCAACCACUUCCCCAACAACCACCAUUUCUGCAGCAAGAGCCAGAACAACCAUAUCCACAACAACAACCACUUCCCCAACAACAACCAUUUCCGCAGCAACCACAACUUCCCCAUCAACAUCAAUUUCCACAGCAGUUGCCGCAACAACAAUUUCCGCAGCAGAUGCCACUCCAGCCGCAACAACAACCACAAUUCCCGCAACAAAAACCAUUUGGCCAAUAUCAACAACCAUUAACACAACAACCAUAUCCGCAACAGCAACCAUUGGCACAACAACAACCUUCUAUAGAGGAACAACAUCAAUUGAACUUGUGCAAGGAGUUCCUCCUACAGCAGUGCACCCUGGACGAGAAGGUACCAUUACUCCAGUCAGUGAUCUCGUUCCUCCGACCACAUAUCUCGCAACAAAACAGUUGCCAAUUGAAGCGACAACAAUGUUGUCAACAACUAGCAAAUAUCAAUGAGCAAUCCCGAUGCCCAGCCAUCCAAACCAUUGUGCAUGCCAUCGUCAUGCAACAACAACAACAACAAGUACAACAACAGGUGGGUCAUGGUUUUGUCCAAUCUCAACUGCAACAGUUGGGCCAGGGAAUGCCCAUCCAACUUCAACAACAGCCGGGCCAGGCCCUUGUCCUACCUCAACAACAAGCCCAGUUCAAGGUGGUUGGGUCAUUGGUGAUUCAGACACUUCCUAUGUUAUGCAAUGUGCAUGUUCCACCUUAUUGCUCACCAUUUGGUAGCAUGGCUACCGGCAGUGGUGGCCAAUGAAAUGACAAGAGUUGUAAUACUAGAUCGAUGGACCUUCAUUGUUACUCGAUUGGAGUAUCGAUGUAGCAAUGAAAAAUAAAGUGUCAUGCACCAUCA